AUGAAAUUCUGCGGGCCAGGGACCAAUUGUUGUCGUUUGCAGCUGUUUACGGCAGACCCCCCAACCAUUUUGAGCUACGUAGCAGGCACAACCGAGUCCGUGGAAGUAGAUGAAAUUCUGCGGGCCAGGGACCAAUUGUUGGAGCUCCUUCGCACUAAUUUAGCUGCUGCUCAGAACCGGAUGAGGCAAGUAUAUGACAAAAAAUACGUCGAUCGGGAGCUGGCUGUGGGCGAUUGGGUCUACUUAAAAUUGCAGAGUUACCGCCAGCACUCAGUGGAGCGUCGACCUUCCCACAAGUUGUCCCCCAGGUAUUUCGGUCCCUACCAAGUAACUGAGAGAAUCGGCAGUGUGGCGUACCGUUUGGAGCUACCUGCAGGAAGCAAGGUUCACCCCGUCUUCCACAUUUCAUUGCUCAAAAGGAAGAUCGGAGACAACACUGACGUGGCUAACCAACCACCAUAA